UAUGUUGAAAUCUACCAAAUCCUAAGGAAACUUCCUUAAUCUCGUUCCACUUUUAGUUUUCUUAUCUGUUUCCCCAAGAAGUCGAAGUCAUUCUCUUCUUUACAUGCGCUCUUCGGUUAUUCAUAUGAGGCGACAGGCGAUGACAUGUUUUUCUUUUUUUUCUUUCUUCUAAGCUUAAAGGAAGUUCUAUAGUUGCUGCACUUUUCUUGUUUCCCCUUUGAGGGCAGCCGUUUCCUUCUGUAAUCUACAGAAACACACUUAAUUUCUCAACUGGAUUGUUUUAGUUUUAUUUUGAAGCUCAACUGCAGUUGCUCCCAUUGCCACACAAUGUCUCUCAAUGCCUCCUUUCCACUCCUUAACCCUUCCAAGAAUGACCAGGCAUCAAUUAAGGACGCUGAAGCCAUCAUGAAAAACGUCUCCAUGGUCCUCUACGCUCUGACUGUUCUGCUUGGCAUCCCAGGGAACUCCAUGGUGAUCUGGGUGGUUAGAUUCAAGCUCAAGCUAAAUGUAACCAACGUUUGGCUGUUGAAUCUGGCAAUAGCGGACUUGAUCUUCUGCAUCACGCGAAUCUUAUCCCUCACCAAGAACCUCUUCUUCGACCACUGGCCAUUCGGCACCUUCAUCUGCAAGUUCAACGGCUUCUUCAAGUACGCUAACAUGUUCUGCUCCGUCUUCCUGUUGGCUGUGAUCAGUCUGGACCGAGCCCUCUGCGUCUGGCAUCCCGUCCUCACCAAGCGGCGUCGCACCAUAUGGGCCGCCAGGGUGGUGGCUUUCUGCGUCUGGUGCUCAGCGAUUAUCUUUAGCACUCCAUACUUUGUCUACCGCAAAGUCUACCUGGGGAAGAACAACCUGAGCAAGUGCUCUAUGGAGGUGAAGGAGGGGAACACCAUUGCUAAACCAAUUCUCUACUCAAUCCGUUUCCUCUGUGGCUUCAUGAUGCCUUUCCUGGUCAUCCUUAUCUGUUACAUCCUUGCCGCAAUUGGUAUCCGUCGAACCCGCCUCACAGGGAAGUCCCGCCCCCUGCGCAUAUUGGCAUCAUUAGUUGCUGCCUUCUUCCUCUGCUGGGCGCCAUACCACUGCCUCCUGCUGGUGAAGAUGGUGGACAGUAAGAACACGGUGGUGAAAAUCUGGCACCCUGUGGCGAAGGGUGUCGGCUACUUUAACAGCUGUGUGAACCCGCUGAUGUACUUCUGCAUUGGGCUGGGAGUGAGGGGGCGGUUAAGGCAGAGUCUGGCGGGGGUGUACAGGAGAGCUCUGGCGGACUAUGGGGAGGGACAGGUGACCCAAUCCCACGACCAAUCUCUGGAUGACAGCAGCGGGUCAAAGCACAGUACUGCUAUAGUGGCAGGAAGCAGUCUCACAACAGUGGAGGUAGCUAGAGUUUGAGUCUCUUCCAAAGUUUCCUGCAUUACUGGUGGUUUUUAUUAUUAAGUCACACUGGAAUGACAGUUGGAGUGUCGUUAGCAGUCUGUGAUUUAGAUCAAAUCUCUCACAUAUGUUUAGAUCAGCUAACUAAUUCAUAAUUGGAUCGAUACAAUUAUGAUAACCUCCCCUCUAGAGUUAACACAAAUGACACAUAUUGAUUAUGACAAAACAUAGCAGAAACAAAAAGAGUCAUUUGUUAUGUUUUUAUGUCUUUUAUAAGAGAUUUUACUAAAAUAUUCUGUACCGUAAAGGAACCCAUUAACACCAACAUCCCCGGUUGUCAUAUAUGCUGUGUCCCUAUAUUUUUUUAACAGGGCAUUCUUUUGAAAAUAUCCACCAAGAAAGUCUAAUUUACUGUUUAUUGUAUGUUCAUAUGUAUAGAAGUAUUCAUAGUACUUGUUCUUGCAGACCAUGAAAGUUGUAUUAAGUGCCACGGUGAUAUAUUAGAAGGUAAAAAGGUUGGUUAUAAUAAAAGGAGUAGUAUAACGUUUUUAACUGACUUUCUCUGUAUUUGUAUAUAUUGGUCAAAGCAAUCCUAUGUCUAAACUGAAGACCUCAUGAUGAAGAGAAUCAUCGGAUCGAUGUUGAUAUACUGAGAUCGGAUUCACAAUUUCCUGUAAACUGUGUUGUGAUGUUUGUUAUUUAUGUCACAGAUGCAAAGUGGAACUGUGGUUAGUCUGGAGGAAUAGGAAAGACGAGAGGGGGAAGUGAGACUAUUCAAGGGAAAGCCAGUUAUAACACUGAAGGAAAGAUGAAAUGAAACUGUACAUAAAAUCCACUUGAAAAACUAGACGAGCUAGAGUGCAGAUCUCUGACAUGUGUGUCUCCAGGUUAACUUUUCCAACACCAGCCCAAAACUGUCCCACAAGAGCACGGAAAUAUAUUUGUUUAAUUUGAGGAGAAACCCUUCCAAACCAAAAAUGUGGUUUCUCUAAUUUGUAAUCCACCAACCAACCACCAAACCAAGUGGCUUGUGUUCUUUCAAAGCAGGCCACUUAAUGAGCUGGUUUCUUACAGCAAAACACAGCUAAGAAACGACAGAAUAUGUUGUCAGUUCAGAAGUUCCGUUAGCUAUUAGCUGUUGCUAUAAGCACACACAACAUAGAGUAAAGACAGCACCACUCAUGACGGUUUUAAACAGACAAUAAAAUACAUUUUUCAAAACAUUUGAAUCAUCACAACCCAAGAAGUCCUUUAUCAUACAGUGAUAAAUAAGUUCAACAAUGAUUGAUCUUAUUGGUCCAGUAAUAUGGGAGAUUAGCCAUGGAAAAGGAGGAAAUGUAAAGCUAGCAGCGAAAGCAAGAUGCCUUUGUGUCAUUUGGUUUAUAUGCAUAUUAUGUGUUCUACCAUCAACAUUUUGUGUUCUACCAUCAGAGUCCAAAGGGUUUCAUGAGUGUAAUUGUAUGCUCUGUGGGCAGAUCAUUUGUUUCUGUUAUGGGACACAUGCAUAUGGAAAAUAAUAAAAAUCAAGCCUUGACCAACGCCACAAACAUCAGUCCUUAGCAACAGGCUCAUAAAACACAGCAGUACCAGCUCUUCAGAUUACUUUCUCCUCACUAAGAUACACAUAUAUGCCAUCCUGCUGUUUGUCUUUAAAGGUUUUAUGGUACUUCUGUUCUGCUGAGUACUGUAGCAGCAGUAUUAUGAUGAAGCUCACAGUGUUACACUUUGAUUUAAAGUUCACAGCAUAGAGGAAUAAUCAGCUUAUUUCACACUUUUUUGUUGUACAUUUCUUCAAAACAUCUGUAUCAUAUAAUCAUACUGUAUUACCUUUUAAAUACUGUAACAUGCAAAAUUAUUUCACAUCAUAUUUAAACUGUUUUAUUGUGCAAAGGUGUCAACAAAGAGGCAAAAAGCUGCAACGUUACCAGUGAUGGUGGUCCAAGAUCAUUUAAAGAUUGUUGUAGAGUUUUACUUUUGCUGUCUAUUCGCUGGCUAUACCCAAGUGCAUAAUUGGCAUUGUCAUAAUAUAAUACAUUUUAAAAAAUGUUUUCAAAGAUUUCAGUUUGGUAAUUUUCUCUCCAAAACAGCAACUUGGUGCUUUGUCUGAGGCUAAAACUCAAUGAAUGUAGUUAUAUCUGCUUCUAUAGUACAAAGUCUUCAAGAAAUGAGUUUGUCUCUUGGUAUGAAAUGUGUCGUAAACCUUUGGCAUAAUGUAAGUAGUACAUAGCUCAGCAACAUAAAUGGCUUGAGGAUGAAA